AUGACUUUCAGCUACAGCGCCGAUCGCGAUGUCGCAGACGCGAUAGUGAUAGGCGCUGGUCUCUCAGGCCUAGCCGCCGCACGGAAACUGAGAAAGGCCGGCAAACAAGUCAUUGUGCUUGAAGCUCGCGAUCGAGUCGGUGGCAAAGUAUACGACAAGAAGCUGUCAAAUGGCAAUAUCAUUGAGCUAGGAGCUGCCUACAUUGGGCCUACCCAGGAUCGAAUAAAGAAUCUCAUGGGUGAGCUGCAGAUCAGUGCCUAUCCACACUACGAUACCGGCAAGAACGUGUACUACAAUGGCGAUAGACGUGCUCUCUACAACGAUGGCGAGAUACCGCUGGCAGAGACGACACUGACGCAGCUUGGAGCCUCAACCGAAAAGCUGGAGGCUAUGGCGAACAGCUCGAUGCAUCGGAACCAUGGAAACAUCCCAACGCAUAUGGAUACGACUCGAUGA